AUGAAAUCACAAUCUACGCCCUUAAUACAAGAUGCUGAAAUCCCUCUCAGCCCAGCUGAACUUGAGGUGCUUCGAAGACAAUAUAUCAAAGAGGGUGAAUAUGUAACCAUACAGACAAAAUUUAACUACGCAUGGGGACUCGUCAAGUCGUCUAAAACAGAGCAUUUAGAACUGGGUAUAAAGCUACUUACAGAAAUUUAUACAGACGCACCUGAAAGAAGAAGAGAAUGUCUGUACUUUUUGGCUAUUGGCAAUUUUAAAAUCUCAAAUUACUCGGAAGCAAGACGUUUCAAUGAUCAGUUGCUGAAACUGGAGCCUCGCAAUGAUCAGGCUUUGGCAUUGAAACAGCUUAUUGAUGAAAAGGUGUCUACAGAGGGGGUGAUUGGUUUGGCUAUUGUUAGUGGAGUAGUGGCUGUGGGUGCCGCAUUAGUGGCUGCUGUUGUAAAGAGAUCAAAGUAA